AUGGUGCUAUUAUCUCGCUUGAGUAGCGUGUUUACUAUAAUCGCACUGUUUUUCUCGAUAGGGUCGCAAUUCGUCGUGGUAAGAUGUCAGCUACGGUUUGCGUCUCUGGGAAACUGGGGUACUGGCUCACAACUUCAGAAAAAAGUAGCUGAUACUCUCAAGUCGGCAAUUGCCAAGGAACGCGUUACCUUCAUUAUUUCCCCGGGUUCGAACUUCGAGUAUGGAGUAACCGGAGCAAAAGAUGACAAAUGGCAGAAACAUUUUCAGUCUAUAUACAGCAGUGACGAUGGAUCCAUGGAAAUUCCUAUGUUUACUGUUCUUGGAGCAGGUGAUUGGCAAGGAGACUUCAAUUCGCAGAUUAAUCGUAAUCAACAGGCGUAUCUCACCACUCAGAUAAGCGAAAAUGUGGAAACCAAGGGAUUACCUCGUUGGACCAUGCCCAACUGGUGGUACCACUACUACACGCACUUCGCUACAACUGCCUCUAUGUCGCUGCUCAAGAGUGGGCACAAGGAUAUGAGCGUGGGAUUCAUCUUCAUAGACACGUGGAUCCUGAGCCAGGCAUUCCCCUACAAAGACGUCAGCAAUGCAGCUUGGGCUGAUCUCAAAAAAGUUCUGGAAGUCGCCCCAAAGAUUCUUGAUUACAUUGUAGUAGUAGGUGAUAAGCCAAUACAAUCGAGUGGUCCAUCUAAGGGCGACUCCCACCUUGCGUAUUAUCUCCUCCCUCUCUUGCGUGAUGCGCAAGUUGAUGCUUAUAUCUCAGGUUAUGAUCAUGAUAUGGAAAUUAUAGACAACAACGGACUUGCCAUGAUUGUAGCUGGAAACGGUGGCAGCGGUGGCAGGAGGCCUGUAAUGAAGACGUCAAAUUCCUUGUUCUUCAGCGAAAAGCCUGGGUUUUGUAUUCAUGAGCUAGGCGCAGAUGGCAUGGAAACGAAAUUUAUCAAUGGGGAAACCGGUGAUGUGUUGUAUACCCAUAAGCAACCAAUUAAGAGCAGGCCUCAUCGACAAUACGGGUCGGAGAUUCAGAAUGUCUCCGCUUUCCCUGCCGUGUCACUGUAUCCCAUAGGCGAAAUGGCAUCGCCCACUCAAAUGGAUGCCUUCGUCAGAAUUGUCGGGACCAUUGGGCUUAUCAUAGCCGGUAUACACGUUUUACUGCUCUCAGGAACUACACUUGGAAAGGCAACCUCCAUUUAG